AUGACUGGGCCACGAAAAUCAAAAACCCAUUUUCUGCUCUGGUUUUUUGUGAUGAGCUUGGUUGUUUUUGAUGCGGUUGAGGUGGGUUUUUUGAUUUUUUUUUCUCAAGAAACAUUUCUAAACUGAAUUUUUCGAGCCCAAAAUUUUCAUUUAAAUUCCUGAAAAUCUGAAUAUUCCACGUGGCUUUUGAAAUUCUUGAACCCAAGAUUUCACAGUCUAAAGUUGAUCUCCAGAAAUUUUUUCAUAGCUCUUUGAAAGCCACGUGUAAAAAACUGAAAUCCACGUAAAAAACAUAAAUUGCAAAACUUUUUAAAGCAAUUUUUAAUCACUUUUCGCCACGUGGAUUUCAAGGAGCUAUAAAAAACUUCUGGCGAUCAACUUUGCACUGUGAAAUCUUGUGUUCAAAAAUUUUAUCAAAAAUUCCACGUGGCACAAUUUUGAAAUUCUGGAACAAGUUUUGCCACGUGGAAUUUCCAAUCAGAUUUUUGAUCUUCAGAAAUUUUCAUUAUAACUUUUUCACGUGGCAAAAAAUGAAUUUCUAACCUCCCUCUUAUUAUAUUCCACGUGGAAAUUCAAUAGAAUCUUCUUGAACCCCAGAUACCAAAGUUCAAAUAUCUGCUUCCAAAAAUCUGCGUUUGCCCCUAAUUCACCUAAAAUCUUUAGAAUUCCAACAAAAAAACGCAAACAUAAAUGCGCUUUUCCUUCUCAAUUACACACACCGAGACACCAAAAAUAAACAAACACGCGGGGUUGUUUUUGGCUGCUCACACACACACACACACACAGAGGUUAAAAUAAGAAAUGCUCACCUUUUGUCAAAAUCGAAGAGUGAAAUGGAAACUUUUUUCGUGACCCCUGACAGAAAAUCUUUUGAAUUUGGAACUUUUUUGGAAAAUCGCGCGGAUAUUUUUGGAAUGGCACAGAAUCUGGAGGGACACUUUUUUCGGGAUUUUGUAGAUCAAAAUCUGCCACGUGGAUUUUAUUCUGAAUUUCCACAGUUUUAAGAAUUUGGAGUUUUGUAGAUCAAAAUUUUGGGGCCAGAAUAUAUAGAUUACUGUAGAUUUCCCAUGUGUCGGAUGAAAAUUUGAAUUUCAAAAAAAUAAUUAGGCCACGUGGAUUUUCUGAGCUUCGCUUUUGUCUAGAUUACUGUAGGUGCUAAUUUCAAACUGGAUUUACUGUAGAUCAAAAUUUCGCGCCAUAAUUUCCGGGCUACUGUAGAUCAAUCAAUUUUGUAGAUCAUACAUUUUGCCACGUGGAUUUUCCUACAGUACACCAAACCCUUCAAAAUUUUUCGAGUUCUAAAAAAUUGUGCCACGUGGCUUUCCGUGUUACUGUAGAUCAAUUUGUGCUCUUUGACCAGCCGAAAAAUGUUCCAAAAAAUUAAGAGCGCACUCGAAAAAAGUUGUAUUAUUGUUGCCAAAACACAUUUUUCUCUCGAGUGUUGCGCGCGAAAUUUCGAAAUUGCAAAUUAUUAUUAUGCGGAUAUUUGUCGCGAAAUCAAUCAUGAAAUAGAGCAAACAACGAAAAAAAAAAACACAAACACUUUUUGAAACAGGAACAAACUUUUUUCGUUGUGCUCAUUAAGAGAAGGGAUUUUCUGGAUUCAAAAAAAUUAAAAUUUGAAAAAAGUUUGUCAAGUGGUUGGUCAAAAAGUAUAUAAAGUCCACUUGAAAAGUGAUAAAUUGUACUCGAGUUUUUAGCGGGAGGUAAAUAUUUACUGUUUUAUAUAUUUUAGUGGAUGAAAAGUAGCCGAUUUGAGCCAGAAUCCACGUGGAAAAACAAGGAAUUUGGGGUACUGUAGAUCAAAUUUAUUUUCUGAGAAUGCUGGUUACUGUAGGCUAAUACUGUAGAUCAAAAUGUGCUCUUCUAAUUUAGGGUUACAUCGAGAAAAAAUCCACAAGUCAAAAUUAUCCCAAAAUUUUUUCAGUAAGUCCAAAUUCCCAACAUAAAUCCUAAAGAUCAAAUUCCUGGCUCCCAAAAAUGCUCCAAUGUUUCAAGUGGCUAAUUCUCACGAGAAACUAUCUUUUUUCCCCUUUUUGACUGACUAAUAAUAAUAAUAAUAAUAACAAGAUUCUUCUUGUAUUUAUUUUGUGUUUGCACGCCGUUUCAACAAGCCACCCAAAAUCUUAUUGUUUUCGAAAGAGUUUUCAAGAGAAAAAACAGUGAGCAAAUAGGGGUUUUGGAAACCAAGAAAAAAAUUAAUUUGAAAAAAAUUGAUUCCAGGCCCGACGACUGAAAAGACAAUGCGGAUGCUCGAAUUACUGUAACUGCCAACCGCAACAAACAUUUUUCUCAACUCAAUUAUAUCAGCCGUCUUGUGCGUGUCUACAAGCUCCAGCUUGUCAACCAUUGUGCUCACUGAGAGCUAUUGUAGGUUUUGGGGGGAUUCAGAAUUCUGAAAUUCUAAAUUUUUUUUGAAUAAAAAAUUUCGAUUAUAAUCACCUCAAAAAUUCGCGGAAAAAAUUAUAUUAUUUUUGAAACCUAAUUUUUCCUGGAUAUUUUUUUGGGACAUUGUUAGCUUCCAGAAAUGUUCCCAGAAUUUCAGAAAGCUUGAGUUGAAAUAUUGGAAUUUUCUGGAAUUUCUUAUUUUAAGGCUGAAAUUGGACCCUAAAGAUAAUGUUAACAAUUUUUGGGAAAUUAAAGAUCAGAAUUAAUUUUUUAAUGAAUCAAAUAGAUGAAUCAUCUCAAAAAUUUCUCGGAAAAAAUUAUAUUAUUUUUGAAACGUAUUUUUUUCUGGAAAAUUUUUAGACUCAAAAAAUUCCCAGAUUUCAAAUAUAAACUAGACUCUAGUUGAAAAACUAAAAUUUUAAAAUUCCUGAAAUUUUCCUGAUGAAGUUCAGACUCUAAAAAUUCCCAGAUUUCUAACCAAAACUAGACUCUAGUUAAAAAAUCCUCCAAAAAUCCCCCUUUUUCCAGGCCACCGACUGUUCCGCCACCUGUAUCCGAGCCUGUAUCCCAUCCUGUGCCAAAAAAACCGGCAACACUUUCACCUGCUCCUCUCAAUGCGAAAAUGUGUGCGACAAAACGUGCAAAGCCGCGCAGGAAAGUUAUCAAGUUCAGCAAGUUCAGCAGCAAGUUCAAGCUUCACCUUCAACAUCUGACAGUUGCCAAUCGGUUUGUCAAAAUGUGUGUCAAGGAGCGUGUGUCUCGCAGAAUUCACCGGCUGAUGUUUGUCAGCGGACUUGUCAGAACUCGUGUCAAUUUGGAUGUGCUGUUAAUGAACAAGGUGGGGGGUUUUUUGAGUUAGGGAAAGUUUUAGAAGCCUAAAAACGGGCCCGUGGCAUUGCUCAUGUUAAGACGGACAUUUUGAGACCGAACAAGACAUGGGCGAGCGCUUUGCGCGAGUGUAGAUCACUCUUCCGCGUUAGCGGCUCGAGCGGAGCGAGUGUAUGUUCCUUUAAGCCCACAAAACCAUUGCUCAUGUUAAGACGAGCAUUUUGAGACCAAACAUGGCAUAGGCGAGCGCUCUGCGCGAGUGUAAAUCAAUCUUCCGCGUUAGCGGCUCGAGUGUAUGUACCUUCAAUGUUUCGUACUGUUAUUGUCACUCUAGCCAUGCCCACAAAACCAUUGCUCAUGUUAAGACGCGAGUGUAUGUAUGUCCCUUUAAUGUUUGCUACUGUAACAGUGUCUUAAAAACCAUGCCCGAAGCAUUUCUCAUGUUAUAUACGAUUAUUUUCCAGGUUACCCACAACAAUCGGCCCCACAAAUCGUCACCACCUCCACCACAACCCAAAACCCCGCCGCAGCCACCAUCAAAAUCACCCUAGACAUCAACGACGCCUACUUCACCACCAACUGCGACGGAAAGUGCGCGCAAGCCUGUCAUUCGCAAUGCGUUUCGCAAGGCAAUCCGGCGCAAGCUUGCGCAAAUUCCUGUAACAACGAGUGCGGAAGCAAGUGUGCGACACGUCAACAAGUUCAGGUUGGAACUUAUGCACCUUCUACUAGCACCUACACCACUCAAGUAACAGGAGGAGGAAAUCCCUGCGAGACGCAAUGCCAACAGGGUUGCGUCCGCACCUCUUGCACCCAACAAUCACAACUUGGCACGUGUGCCGCCUCGUGCUAUUCCGCGUGUCAAAUGCACUGCGCGGCAGUUUCCGCGUCUCCCACCGUAGUCAAAGCGCAAUGCUCACCCGAAUGUAUGCCAACCUGUCAACUUUCGUGCACUCAACGUACCUCUACUACCACCACCGCACAAUGUAUCCCGAGUUGUAUGCCGUUGUGUCAAGCGCAAUGUGUUAACGCAGGAGUCACUACCACUACCACUACCGUACCACCUGCCACGUGUAUUCCACCUUGUCAACCACAAUGUCUUGAGUCUUGUAUCAUCUCGUUUACCUCUGGCGGAAGGACACAGGUACCUAACCCAGGAGAAGAGGAGGAAUAUGAGGAGGAGGAGGAGACCUCUGUAGCUCCACAGGGUGAAAAUCUGGGAGCUGGAGGGGGAGAUCGGGAUUAUGUUCAGUUUGAUGCACGGCAGAAUGAUAGCACAGCUUUGGAAGGUCCGGGAGGCUCGGGAGGUCUUCAGAAUCCUGGGGUUGCUUCUGGAGGAUCUGAGGAGCCUUCUGGAGGUCCGGGAGGUCUUCAGAAUCCUGGGGUUACUUCUGGAGGUCUUGGGGAGCCUUCUGUUGGCUCCGGGGCUUCUGAGAUUCCGGUAGUGACCUCGGAGAAUCCUAUGAGCUCCGAGCCUUCGGAGAGUCUUGUCGGUCUUGGAGAAUCCUCUGCAGGCUCUCAGAAUUCCGAGGGCGUCUCAGGGGAUUCAGGAAUCUCUCAGAAUCCCGAAGAAACCUCAGAAGCCCCAAGUACUCCAGACACCUCGGGAACUCUGCAGGACUUUUCCGCUACCCCGGAAACCUACCCCGAAUCACCAUAUGACCACUCUGCACCCUCAACAACCUCAGCACCAUCCCACCAAUUCACCUUCACACCACCUUCCACCGACGACGAAACCACCGGCGAACCUCUGGAUCUCAUCGAACCCCAGCCUCCCCUUCCCAAACUCAACAUCUCAUUCGUCCUACCCGAACCACUCACCCCCGCACAACUCACCAAUCUCCAAACCUGCCCCACCGCAUGUCAACCGCAAUGUCUGCCGACGUGCGAGAUUGCCGUCCGCCUUCUCGCACUCAUCCCAUGCCCAACCGCCUGCAAACCCGCCUGUCAACCGCAAUGCGUCUUCCAGGGGGUUGUGCAAGCUCAGCGAGCAGCACCCCCAGCCUCUCCCACAUGUAUUCCCGCUUGUAUGCCAGCCUGCCUGUUAGAUUGUACCCUACCGUACUUCAAGGAUCGUAGUGGGGUGGUUGAGCAAAUCUACGAGCACCCACCGAUCUGGAAAGCUAUGCGAGAUCCCAGGCCAAGGUAUCUAACAGUAAACCUUGUGCAGAAGUCUCCAAGUUCCCCACGCUUCCAAAAAUUCAGAAGGUAUCCCCUGAACUCCAUAUUCGAAGAUGACGAUUGUCCAGAGAUCUGUCAAUCGCUAUGCGAUCCCUUCUGCAUCGCCCGAAAUUCUAACAACACCCUAAGUUGUCCCCGCGCAUGUAUGCCUGAUUGCACUCAAGAUUGCCUACGUCAACUGAUUUGCCCGCUGACGUGUCAACCCACGUGUCAUCCUGAUUGUCUACAGAUGCCGAAAAUCAAGAUCGUGUUUGCUGGAUCACAAUGUGCUGCAAAGUGUCAACCCGCUUGUGAACCCCAAUGCUUACAGGUGCUUUUUUGAGUUCUUUGAGUUAAGGCCUAAGUUCUAACGCUUAAAAUUCUAAAGUUUUUGACACCAAACAUGGCCUAAAAGCCCAAUUUGGACUUCUAGGCCACACAUGUUUGGUGUCAGCUCUUGUCAUUUUGAUAUGGCCUAGAAAUCCAAAAUUUUCAAAUUUCUAGGCCAUGUUUGGUAUCAAAAUGCUCCUCUCAACCUUCCCGACCCCAAAAUUUUCAGCACAAAAAAUUUUCAGACACUCACGACAACCUCAACAAGCAGCCCAGUAGUUCCAGCAGAUCAGCCACUCACCGCAAGUUGCCCGCAAAUCUGUCAACCACAGUGCUCUCAACAAUGUGUUCAGGUGAGGAAAUUGCCACGUGGCAAACCAAAAUCCCACGUCAUCACCUCAAAUUUUUGCAGCGCCAACAAUGUCCCUGCCAGCAGACGUGUCAAACCGGUUGCCAACAACACAACCCAAGUGCCACCACGUGUCAAAACGUGUGCACUGAAGUUUGCGCUGCGGACUGUGCAGCCUAUGUAACGCCAACCGCUCAGCAAACCGCUCCGCAAGCCGCAACGCUUGGCUAUGUUCCGGUGGUCCCUGUUGCCGCAGCUGUUCCGCAAGUCGUGAUCAACUUCGCCGCAGCGGAAUGUGUGCCAGUUUGCGAGCAAUCGUGUAAUGCACAAUGUGUUGCGAAGUAUCCGCAAGAGCAUUGCGGAACAAUGUGUGGAUCGCAAUGCGCGUCGGUUUGCGCAACGCCUGCCGCAACAACAACAACAACCGCACCUUCCGCGACUCAACAAUGCACCCCGAAAUGUAUGUCGGAUUGCCGGCAGCUAUGCAAAAGUGAUUCCGCACAAUGUACGCAAGGUUGCGACGCGUCAUGCCAGCAACUCUGCGGAACCGCCCCAACCCCAGUCGUCCAACUCACCGUGAACUACAACUGUAACGUGCCCUGCGACUCACAGUGUACGCAGCAGUGCUAUCAUCAAGCGGCGAGCUGCGCGCCGGCUUGCGCGCAAGCUUGCGAGCAGCAAUGUCCAACCGUAAGCUGUGAAGAUGCUUGCGAGACGGUUUGUAAGGUUGGUUUAGCCUAACAUGAGCAAUGUAAUAUGAGCAAUCUUGCAGGGUCAAUGCGUGUUCAGCGGUCAAAAUUCGCGUCAAUGCGGCCCGGCUUGCGCACAAUCAUGUGCCUCAUUGUGCAAGAAAAAACGAGUCAAACGAAAUUUGUGAGCCCCCAGAAAUUAAUUUUUUUUUGUGAUUUUUUCAAUUUUGCCCCCCGCUUGCCUUGGGCGACUUUUUUUUGAACGAAAAUGUUUUUCACAAGUUAUUCACCUAUUUAUUUUUAUUGUUUGUAUUUAUUUGAAAAAAUGAAAUGAAAUAUGUUUUUCAAUUUGUUCCUUUAAAGUGAAUACUGUAGACGAUUUUAGUUUUUUUUUUUUUGGGGAGUCGAAAAAUUCAAAUGUUGGAAUAUAAUCGUGCUCCUUCAGGGGAACUUUUUCUUCGGAUGUUUACUCAAAAUCAUUUAUGAGAAAUAUCGGAGAAAUUAAGAAAACAUUGCAUGUUUUGAGAAUGGUUGCUGAAGAUCUUCCGAAAAAUUUAUAUUAUUUUUGAAACCUAAUUUUUCCUGGAAUAUUUUUUGGGCAUUUUUAGAUCUCAGAAAUGUUCUCUUGAAUAUCUAUUGAGACUACUCGUGAUUUAAAAAUUCUUAUUUUCAGGUUUUCGAAUGUGAACAUGGAAUGGUUGCUGAAGAUCUUCCGAAAAAUUUAUAUUAUUUUUGAAACCUAAUUUUUCCUGGAAUAUUUUUUGGGCAUUUUUAGAUCUCAGAAAUGUUCUCUUGAAUAUCUAUUGAGACUACUCGUGAUUUAAAACAUUCUUAUUUUCAGGUUUUCGAAUGUGAACAUGGAAUGGUUGCUGAAGAUCUUCCGAAAAAUUUAUAUUAUUUUUGAAACCUAAUUUUUCCUGGAAUAUUUUUUGGGCAUUUUUAGAUCUCAGAAAUGUUCUCUUGAAUAUCUAUUGAGACUACUCGUGAUUUAAAACAUUCUUAUUUUCAGGUUUUCGAAUGUGAACAUGGAAUGGUUGCUGAAGAUCUUCCGAAAAAUUUAUAUUAUUUUUGAAACCUAAUUUUUCCUGGAAUAUUUUUUGGGCAUUUUUAGAUCUCAGAAAUGUUCUCUUGAAUAUCUAUUGAGACUACUCGUGAUUUAAAACAUUCUUAUUUUCAGGUUUUCGAAUGUGAACAUGGAAUGGUUGCUGAAGAUCUUCCGAAAAAUUUAUAUUAUUUUUGAAACCUAAUUUUUCCUGGAAUAUUUUUUGGGCAUUUUUAGAUCUCAGAAAUGUUCUCUUGAAUAUCUAUUGAGACUACUCGUGAUUUAAAACAUUCUUAUUUUCAGGUUUUCGAAUGUGAACAUGGAACUUCGGAUGUUUACUCAAAAUCAUUUAUGAGAAAUAUCGGAGAAAUUAAGAAAACAUUGCAUGUUUUGAGAAUGGUUGCUGAAGAUCUUCCGAAAAAAUUAUAUUAUUUUUGAAACCUAAUUUUUCCUGGAAUAUUUUUUGGGGCAUUUUCAGAUCUCAGAAAUGUUCUCUUGAAUAUCUAUUGAGGCUAUUCGUGAUUUAAAAUUCUUAUUUUCAGGUUUUCAAAUGUGAACAUGGAACUUCGGAUGUUUAUUCAAAAUCAUUAUCGUUGCUGAAGAUCUUCCGAAAAAUUAUAUUAUUUUUGAAACCUAAUUUUUCCUGGAAUAUUUUUUGGGGCAUUUUCAGAUCUCAGAAAUGUUCUCAAAAUUUCUGAUAGCGGGAUUUUUGCGAUUCACAGUGUCGUCCAACUCGUCGUCCAACUCACCGUGAACUACAACUGUAAUGUGCCAUGCGAUUCACAGUGUACACAACAAUGCUAUCACCAAGCGGCGAGCUGCGCGCCGGCUUGCGCGCAAGCUUGCGAGCAGCAAUGUCCAACCGUAAGCUGUGAAGACGCAUGUGAGACGGUUUGCAAGUUUGGUUUAGUCUAAAAUGAGCAAUCCUUUUAUUUAUUGCUAAGCAAUCUUGCAGGGUCAAUGCGUGUUCAGCGGUCAAAAUUCACGUCAAUGCGGCCCGGCUUGCGCACAAUCAUGUGCCUCAUUGUGCAAGAAAAAACGAGUCAAACGAAAUUUGUGA